GGCGAAGAGAGAGGCUGAGAGGAAGAAAGGAAGGAAGGCAGGGAAGGGGAAGGAAGGAAGGAAGGAAGGCGGGCGGAAAAGAAGCCACCAGGUGCCUGGCAACUGGGCUUCUGUUGCUGGGGGCUCUGUAGGCUGCCUCUCUCUCCAGCACGCGAGUACACAAUAGGGAGAAGCCACAUCAGCUGGAAGACGCUCAGGAUCUCUCUGUCUCCAUAGCUAUGAAUCAUAGCGAGAUAAAGAUAAGAUGGAAAGCUGUUUUCUUACAACAGUGUCUUUUGCUCCUGACCUAUCUUGCUAUUGUGCUGGAAGCAGUGCCUAUAGACAUAGACAAGACAAAGGUAAAAGCAGAAGAACAAGUAGAGAAUGCAAAAAUAGAUAAUCCGGAUACUGGGCUUUAUUACGAUGUGUACCUCAGGCAAGUGAUAGAUGUCCUGGAGACAGACAAACAUUUCAGAGAGAAGCUCCAGACAGCCGACAUAGAGGCAAUAAAGAGUGGAAAGUUAAGCAAAGAACUAGAUUUAGUUAGCCAUCAUGUGAGAACAAGGCUGGAUGAACUGAAAAGACAAGAGGUUGCAAGAUUAAGGAUGUUAAUUAAAGCCAAGAUUGAUUCAUUUCAAGAUUCUGGCAUAGACCACCAGUUCCUUCUCAAACAAUUUGAGCAUCUGAACCACGACAACCCUCACACUUUUGAAGCUAAAGAUUUAGACAUGCUAAUCAAAGCUGCCACAAGUGACUUAGAAAACUAUGACAAGACUCGUCAUGAGGAGUUUAAGAAAUAUGAGAUGAUGAAAGAACAUGAAAGAAGAGAAUAUUUAAAAACACUGGAUGAAGAAAAGAGACGACAAGAGGAAUCUAAGUAUGAAGAACUGAAGAAAAAGCACAGUGAUCACCCCAAAGUAAACCAUCCUGGAAGUAAAGACCAGUUGAAAGAGGUGUGGGAGGAGGCAGAUGGACUGGACCCCAAUGAUUUCGAUCCAAAGACUUUUUUCAAGUUGCAUGAUGUCAAUAAUGAUCAUUUUCUGGAUGAGCAGGAGUUAGAAGCCCUGUUUACUAAAGAGCUAGAGAAAGUGUAUGAUCCCAAAAAUGAAGAAGACGACAUGGUAGAAAUGGAAGAAGAGAGGCUACGAAUGAGAGAACAUGUCAUGAAUGAGGUUGACAUCAACAAGGACCGGUUAGUGACUUUGGAAGAAUUCUUGAGAGCUACAGAGAAAAAGGAGUUUUUGGAGCCAGAAAGCUGGGAGACCCUGGACCAACAACAGGUCUUCACUGAAGAUGAUCUGAAGGAAUUUGAAAGUCACAUUUCCCAGCAAGAAGAUGAACUGAACAAGCAAGCUCUAGAACUUCAGAAAAGGAAAGAAGAACUACAGAGGCAACAUGACCACCUUCAAGCUCAGAGACAAGAACUCCAGCAGGCUGUCCAGCAAAUGGAACAGAAGAAGUUACAGCAAGGACAUCCUGCUUCGGGACCAGGUGGAGAACUGAAAUUCCAGCCACCUGCACCACAGCCAGUUGGAAAUGUUCCAAAUCAUCCUGCGGGAGGCAGUCAGCCUUUACCACCAGGAAGCAUACCAGUACAAGAAACAGCUGCAGGAUCAGAUCACGUUCAGUCUCACCCUUAACCACAUGUGCCUCAAAUUUGUACCAUAGUUUUGGGAGAGAAGUGGGAGGGGAUGUGGUCAGAGAAGUAAAAACAAAUUGGGAAUUGAGCUUAAAAUCCCCAUUUCAAAUCAUUGGAUUCAUGAAGACUUUCAAAGGCACAAAUGAUACAAGGCAGGUUUAUAAAGCUGCUGAUCUUUCAGGUGAGAAGGGUAUAUUAAAAUAUUCUAAUUUUGUAACUAGAUUUAAGGAUAUCCAGAUUUUAUCCUCAGGAAAACAUUAUUGUUUGACUUCAAUGUAAUUUGGCUGGCUGUCUAUCAUUUGAGCCUUGGAAAAUCUCCACCUACUUCACGGUCAAAUUAAAUAUGUUUUAUAAUCUGCCAGAAGACUCACCAAAUGUUCAUUUGUAAAUGUUCAUGAUGCUGAUAGUUUUGAUUGUCGUUGGGUGUAAAGUGGAAGUUUGCUUGAUCAAGACACAAGUCUAUGACAAUAUUUUCCUAAAAGUGCCAACAAUGGAGAGCAGGAAUUUAGGAUGGUGUAGUGAAUGAGGGUGGUUUCCCCGCCCCCCAAUCUCUUUGGUCUUUGAGACCAAAUGAAUAGAAACCACCUGUGAUCUGAUUUCAAUAAAUUCUGCACAUAAAAAAGGAAGUCUAAUUGGAGCAGGGAGUAAUGGGCAAUAGUGAAUAUGCCUAAGAAUGGCAGUAUAAGAAGCCUUCAACAGAAAUAGUGAAUUUGAAGUGUAUUGAUUUAGCCGUCCUUAUUGUUGCAAACCAAAUGCAGUGUUUCAGCUGGCUACAUCCCCCGUAAAUCAGCUAUGAAGAGGAUACUUUCGUCCUACUUCCUUUCAUAAUAUGCCAGUUGCAUUUAUCCCUUUAUGAGCUAUGAAAGUGAGCUCUUUUGAUGAUAAAGUAUAUUUGCAGAAUUAGCAAAGACCUCUCAUUGUCUUUUCUUGGACAAAACAGCUUGGCUCCUGAUGUAAAAGACUCCUUUGAAAAUCAUCAGUAUGUUACAAACAGCAGUUCUCAGAAGCUGCAUUCUGAGUUUAAGCUAAAAUCAAUUAACACUGGGUAUGAUUACCUGAAUUUUAAAAGGCACGCAGUUUAGAUGUGGAUAUUUUCAUGGAAGCUUGAAGCCGGCAUCUUCAAUAAUAAUUCAAGUUUCUCCACAUAACCCUUUGUUUUUCUGUGAACUUGGCUAAGAGCAACAUGGCUUUAAGAGUUCUUUACCAUUUUAGCUCAAAAACAAGCAUCCAGUUCAUUACAGCUGAAACCCAGUUUAUCCUUUGAACAUGACUCCUAAAGGCAUUUUUUCUUACCGUAUUAUUCCUACUUGAAUUUUUAUUCAAAGACUACUGAAGCAAAUGAAAUGACAGUGGCAUUUAGACUGUAUUUAAAAAUGAGUAGGGGAGUAUUUUUUUUUUCUGAUGGUUGUACUGAUGGGGCAGAAUAGGAGGUGGCUAUUAAAAUAUUGAAGAACUGUAAUGAUUUCUGUUUCUGGGAAAUUGGCCGUUUUGCUAUAACAGAAUUAUUUAUAUAGGGCUUCAAGAUUUGCAGAGAUAAAAUAAAAGGCAGGCCUUCCCUAUACAAAAGUUAGGGAAGGAGAAUUCGGUGCACAGUUCGACACACUAAUGUAGAUUCUUGUCUUCAGUUGGAGUAGGUUACUUUUUUACAGGAGAGUUUUUAAAUGACAACUGCUGGCCCUUGAGCGACCUUGUUCACACUGUAUAUUACACAUAAUUGGUAGCAUAUUUUCCUGCUUGUUCAUUUUAGGGCCUGUUUGCAUAAGACCGUUAAGCAUGUGGUGGAUACUUGUGCAGGUUUUCUUCCUGCCCUUGAUGAACCGGUAGUGUGUGACUCCUGUCAUGCACCAAAUUCUCCUU